AUGUCCUUCAGAAUACCGAAGAAGGUACGAACAGAAGAUGCGGCUGGAGCGCCAUCAGGAGCUGGUGGAGCUAGUGGGUCAGGUGGAAGUUCCAAUCCACCUAACAGGAACAAUCCACCGAUUCGCUUCACCACACCAUCCAGUUCUGGCUCCUCAUCCGCCAAAACUUUUACACCAAUCGGAAAGUGUGAAGUUCAAACGAACGUGUUCAAAGUUGACAUCACAAAAUUGCCAUUUCGUCUCACAAGAUUAUCAAUGGAGACUACGUUGUGUGGAGGAAAAGUGGAUGUGAACUUGACGGAAGGGCAUCAAGCAGUCUCUGGAGGAGUAAACGACAGUGAACGUCGUCUUGCUCUCCACACAGUCUUCCUCAAACUCUUCCAACGACAUCCGGACAUCUUCGGCACAGACAUCCUCCAAUACACAUAUGAUUGUGCGAACACGAUCUACGGUUUCGAGACAGCAUAUAAAGGAGGAGAUGCGAAGCUUGAAGAUAAGAUCGAAAGGAAGGAUUUCAGUGAUAAAGAGUGGGAGAUGAUCUCAAGAAUACUGAGAAGACAAUCAAUGUUCUUCAAAGUUAUUCUGUCAGCCAAUGGAUUCGUUUAUUCGGAUGGACCGAAUGCUCUGUCAAAUGAAAAUCGACAGGAAUUGACGAGAGUCGUGGAGAAUUGCAGUUCAGAAGUGUUGAACACAACUGAUUACCUGCAAUACGGAAGUCAAACUUUCCCGAUGAAUGAGCCUCCAGUGUUCAAGCCAGAUGCCACUACAGAGAUCAGAUGUGGCUUCGACAAAGCCGUUCGUCUUGCAGAAGGACUUGCAGGCACUCCGGAGAUCGUGGUGACAAUCGACACCAAGUUGAGUCCAUUCUUCAGUGCCACCUCAACCCUCAAGUUCUUCUGUAGCAAGUAUGCAGAAUUCAAGGGAGUCUCGACUGGAUCCCAGCCUGGUACCUCUCGAGGGAAUCGUCCUGGGGACCGUGGAGGUGAUCGUCGAGGAUUUGGAGGAAGAGAUCCAAGGGCUGAUCAGAGAAGAAGAAGCCGAAGCAGAUCUCCAAUUCGAAGAGAUGAGAAGCCAGUACAAGAUGACUGGAACUAUAAUGAAGUGAAAGAGAUACAGUCUGCGUAUGAGCGAGGAACCGAAAAGAAUCUUCUCGGAAGAAUUGAGGAGGCACUGAAAGGACUCCUUGUGGUCCCGAUUCAUCUGCCGAAAGACAAGAACAGAAAUAUUAUUGUUAGCAGAAUUGCUGGAUCCAAUGCGAUGAACUCAAUCUUCGAGCUCAACAAAGGAAAAGAUGACGCACGCAACAUCUCGGUCGCAGAUUACUUCAAGGAGAAGUACAACUACCAAAUCAAGUUCCCACAUCUUCCACUCGUCGUCUCCGGAAGACUCAAAAACGAAACUUUCAUGCCACUCGAGCUGCUCAACAUCGUUCCCGGCCAACGGAUCAAAAUCCAAAAAAUGAGCGCUAAUGUGCAAGCCUCAAUGACCGGUCAAAAUGCCACGUUGCCCCGAGACCAUGUUCUCCGAAUCCGAGAGAUUCUCAAGGGUCACUUGAAGAUCGAGAACAAUCCACAUCUCAAAAAAUUCGGCAUCCACGUGGCACGAGAGCCGAUUCAGAUGGAAGCCAUGAUGCUUUCUCCAGCUCAGAUGAUCUUCGCGAACCGAGCAAUUGUUGUGCCACCACCGGGAACGGUUCAGUUCCGCCAGAACAAAGGACAGAAGUACUACAAGCCAGCGAAGAUCAACAACGUGGCUGUGGUGAAUUUUGAUGGAGCUGUUACCAAUUUGGAGAUCUUUUCUGCUCGUCUCCACGCCACCUGUCUGAAAAACGGACUUGAAAUGCGAAAGAGUCAUCAAGAAUGGCUCAAGUACCAGUGGAACUCCAAUGAUGCAUCUUAUAUCAAAGCCGAGAUGGUCAAAAUGAGAGACGCCCAAAUCACCAUCAUCGUCGCCAUCACGCCGGAGAAGAAGCCUGAUGUUCAUGAUGUUUUGAAGUAUUUCGAGGCGUCUGCUGGUCUUCAAACCAUUCAAAUUCACAUCAACACUGCGGACUGCUUCGUGCGGGAUGCUGGAGGAGCACAGACUGUGGACAAUGUGAUGAGAAAAUUGAAUUUGAAGUGUGGAGGGAUCAACUACCUCGUCGAAAUUCCUCAGUCUUACGACCACAAAGUCGUCUGCUCGAAUGUGUCCUUCGUGCAGCAGAAAUUGUUCGCCAAGACACAGUUUGUUGGAUUCGAGAUGACCCACGGACCGUCGAGAACCCUCUAUGACCGAGUCCAGGGUACCUUCGAUGGUGAGCCCACUGUGGUUGGAUGCUCCUACUCACUGAAAGCCGUCACAGACCUAGGAGGAUUCCAUUUCCUCCAGGAAAGGAACGAAUACAAGUUGAAAAACUUGGAUUCCAAAAUAACCCAGUGUCUGGACCAGUACAAAAAGGCUGCUGGAGCGCUACCAGAAGUGCUCGUGGUCUUCCGAACUGGUGCUGGAGAAGGAGACUUCAAGAGAGUGGAAGAGGAAGUUCAAGAUAUGCGAAAGGCGUUGGAGAAGGUCGGAUCGAAAUCAAAACUGGUAAUGGUCGUGGUCCAGAAGACAUCGCACACCAGAAUCUUUCCCAAGGAGAUCAAGGGCAACAAGCCCGUCGAGCAGAACGUCAAGUCUGGAACUUGUAUUGAUGGCCAAAUCACAAGUGCCGGACGCCAGGAGUUCGUGUUGGUGUGCCAAUCGGCUCUCAUCGGUACCGUUCGACCGGUGAAGUACACCAUCGUGGCAAACGAUCCAGGAUGGUCAAAAAAUGAGAUGGCUCAUCUCACAUACUUCCUGGCGUUCAGCCACCAGGUGUCCUACCAGCCCCCAGCCAUCCCGCAUGUCCUAUAUGCUGCGGACAACUUGGCGAAAAGAGGAAGAAAUAACUUCCUUCAACACAAAAAACUCGGGUUGCUGACGAAAUCAAUCAAAAAAGUGCUCGCGGAACACAACGACCUUGCCGUGGAAGGACACGAAUCUGAGCUGGAUGCUCUUCUCGUGGAAAGCAUCACCGAUUCCAUGAACAAGAUGGCGGUGAAGAAUCGAAGUUUUUGGGCGUAA